GGCAAUGUGGUCAGCUGACGGUAAACCAAGAGCGCCUAGCGCCUCCUGUUGUCUGCGGGCUCCAGCGGUGGUGUCUUUGCAAUUGUGUACUCUCAACCAGUGACUUGAAAGUUCCCUCACAAUGAAAUUGAUCAAGCGCCUGGCUCGCAGCGUGUUUGGGGGCGCUUCUGCUGGCACACACAGCAUUCAAGACCUGGGCCCGGAAUUGCUCAAUGUCAUCUUCCUCAAACUUGGCCCCAGCCCCAUGCACUUGGCAGCACUCCCCAGCGUGUGCAAAGCCUGGCGGAACAUAAUGCAGGAAGAAACUUUGCAGCAGCUUUGCUUGGAGGAGGCUCCAGCAUUGUGCGAGUGCAUGGGGUAUGGAGCUUCUAGCCAGCCCCCCGGAGGCUGGCUAGAGGUUUUCAAGUUCUUGCUUUAUUGCCCAGACUUGCGUCGUCCGUCAGAUUGCUGGGAGGCUUCUGAGGGUAAUGUGAGCUGCUCGGACUCACUGGGCCACGUGCAGCAGGAAGCUGGCGGCUUUCAGACUGGACCUGCAGUGGCAAAGGAGUUGCGGCUGAAGGCGCAGUUCCGACAGGACCCCCUGUUUGUCACACGAGUUUGUGAGCACCCCUCAGAGGACGAAGAUGAGGAUUUGCCUUUGGGCGCAUGCCGGGGCCUGGUUCAGGACUUUCCGAACUCAGCGAUUGCAAAGCAGUCAAAGGCGAGCAGGUACCUGGAAGCAUCGCCCCAGGAACAGCAGAGCAUGCAGGAGAGUGCCAAGGAGAAAUGCGCUUUCUGCGGUGCCCCCUUGUUCGAGCUCUCAGGGAAUGCUUUCUUUGAGGACAACCUGGCUCCCUGCAGUGAGGGAGUGUCUGAAUUCCUGGAAAUUUUCAGGGACUUCUCAUCGGAGACCUUUGAGCGGAUCACUGGUAAUGUCUGUGGGGAAGGACAUUUGACAUUUGUAAUCAACUACUAUGGGGACUGCAUUGAGAUUCUUCAGCACAAGCCGAUGGCAGGAUCCGGGGAGGAGCUGUUGGUAGAGACGUUCAAGGUGUUUAAUGCAUUGGUAGCGACCUUUGAAGACGAGCUGGAUGGCGACGAUGAAAUAGACUUCCGAAAGCAUCUUGGCGCUUUCACGGUGUCGCAAAAGCUGCAGCGCUUGGCAGAUGAGACAGAGUACGAAACCUCUAAUGAGGAGGAUACAUUAGAAGAGCUCCGCCCCUUAGCAAGGUUGCAAACGAUGCCGGAACUCAUCAAUGGUAUACCAGAAAUAGCGAGACUGACUUGCAAGGUCAUGCACAGACUCGAGGAGAUGGAAGCGCAUCGGAAGGCUGUGAUUGAGGGAGCGCUUGAGGAGGCUGGCGUGUGCAAGCGCGGUGGGGCGUGGCCAAAACCGGAGGCAGUGUACAGCUUUGUCAAGGAUCCUAACAGGUCGCUGGAGGAGACCGUCAAAAGCGUGCGGCAGAAAUGGCUAGAGGUGGAGGAAAAGAGGGCCGCAGAGCAAGCGGCGCAAAAUAGGGAGAAGGCCAAGCGCAAGGCAGAGCACGAGGCACGAGAAGCUGAACGGAAGGCUCGACGGCAACUAGAGGUGGCGGAAAAGCGGGCAAGCAGAGCAUCGCAACUAGUGUGUCCCGGCAGCGCAGACGGGACGAAAUGCAAUAACACGGGCUCAGAUGCUUGUGUGCGUCUGGCUUGCGGUGCUUGCUGUCGCACAUACGCGACGGGAGGUUGCCGCCGACACAAACGACGAUAA